AUGAUUAAACGAUCAAAAAUUACCACAACGACCCCACUUAUUCCAACAACACCAAGUGUUUCAGUGAGACUGGUCAACUCUAACAGCCGCUGCUCUGGCAGAGUGGAGAUCUCCCACAAUGGCCAGUGGGGAACGGUGUGUGACGACUUCUGGAAUUUGAAUGACGCUCAGGUGGUUUGUCGACAGCUGGGCUGUGGCAGGGCUGUGGAGGCACCACAAAGUGCACGUUUUGGACAAGGCACUGGACAAAUUUGGUUGGAUGACCUUCAGUGUUCAGGCAGUGAGUCUUCUUUGCAAGACUGUCCACAUGGCGGAUUAGGGAACCACAACUGUGCUCACUCUGAGGAUGCUAGUGUCAUCUGUGAAGAAAUUACCACAACGACCCCACUUAUUCCAACAACACCAAGUGUUUCAGUGAGACUGGUCAACUCUUACAGCCGCUGCUCUGGCAGAGUGGAGAUCUUCCACAAUGGCCAGUGGGGAACGGUGUGUGACGACUUGUGGAAUUUGAAUGACGCUCAGGUGGUUUGUCGACAGCUGGGCUGUGGCAGGGCUGUGGAGGCACCACAAAGUGCACGUUUUGGACAAGGCACUGGACAAAUUUGGUUGGAUGACCUUCAGUGUUCAGGCAGUGAGUCUUCUUUACAAGACUGUCCACAUGGCGGACUGGGGACCCACAACUGUGCUCACUCUGAGGAUGCUAGUGUCAUCUGUGAAGAAAUUACCACAACGACCCCACUUAUUCCAACAACACCAAGUGUUCCAGUGAGACUGGUCAACUCUAACAGCCACUGCUCUGGCAGAGUGGAGAUCUUCCACAACAGCCAGUGGGGAACGGUGUGUGAUGACAGCUGGGAUUUGAAUGAUGCCCAGGUGGUUUGUCAACAGCUGGGCUGUGGCAGGGCUGUCUCAGCACCAACAUUUGCACAUUUUGGACAGGGCACUGGACCAAUCUUGUUGGACAAUGUCCACUGCUUAGGGAAUGAGUCAUCAAUACUAGACUGUGGACAUUUAGGCUUUGGAUCCCACAACUGUCGUCAUUUUGAGGAUGCAGGUGUCAUCUGUGAAGAAAUUCCCAGCACUACCUCACCUGCACCAACACCACCAGGCCCCCUGGUGAGACUGGUCAACUCUACCAGCCGCUGCUCUGGCAGAGUGGAGAUCCUCCACAAUGGCCAGUGGGGAACGGUGUGUGACGACUUCUGGAAUUUGAAUGACGCUCAGGUGGUUUGUCGACAGCUGGGCUGUGGCAGGGCUGUGGAGGCACCACAAAGUGCACGUUUUGGACAAGGCACUGGACAAAUUUGGCUAGAUAACCUUCAGUGUUCAGGAAGUGAGUCCUCUUUACAAGACUGUCCACAUGACGGACUGGGGACCCACGACUGUGCUCAUUCUGAGGAUGCUAGUGUCAUCUGUGAAGAAAUUACCACAACGACCCCACUUAUUCCAACAACACCAAGUGUUCCAGUGAGACUGGUCAACUCUGUCAGCAGCUGCUCUGGCAGAGUGGAGAUCUUCCACAAUGGCCAGUGGGGAACGGUGUGUGAUGACAGCUGGGAUUUGAAUGAUGCCCAGGUGGUUUGUCGACAGCUGGGCUGUGGCAGGGCUGUCUCAGCACCAACAUUUGCACAUUUUGGACAGGGCACUGGACCAAUCUUGUUGGACAAUGUCCACUGCUUAGGGAAUGAGUCAUCAAUACUAGACUGUGGACAUUUAGGCUUUGGAUCCCACAACUGUCAUCAUUUUGAGGAUGCAGGUGUCAUCUGUGAAGAAAUUCCCAGCACUACCUCACCUGCACCAACACCACCAGGCCCCCUGGUGAGACUGGUCAACUCUAACAGCAGCUGCUCAGGCAGAGUGGAGAUCUUCCACAAUGGCCGCUGGGGGACAGUGUGUGAUGAUAUCUGGGGACUGAGUGACGCCCAGGUGGUUUGUCGACAGCUGGGCUGUGGCAGUGCUCAGUCAGCUCCACGAAAUGCACAUUUUGGACAAGGCACUGGACCAAUUUGGUUAGACGACCUUCAGUGUUCAGGGAGUGAAUCUUCAUUAAGAGACUGUCCACAUGGCGGAUUCGGAAACCACAACUGUGGUCAUUAUGAAGAUGCUAGUGUCAUCUGUGAAGGUAAGUGUGGUUCCACACAGUAA